GACGUCUAGACUGAGUCGGAGGCUAAGGAACUACUUCUUGGGAGCAGAGUCUAGACAAUUCGAGUUGUUGAAAAUAUGAAUCCUGUUACUUAUGAACAGUGGUUGACGACAAUGGUGUUUUGAGGCACGGCUGUCUACUGACGAGAUUUCAUCAACCAGGUUUUUUGUUGUAUUUUGGAUUCCAGCUGAAAACGUGUCCAAGCUUUCAGUGUUGGGCAGGUUUUCACUUUAUUUAUACCAGUCCUUCCCCUUGAAUGGAGCAUGGUGUAAACCAGAGUCGUCAUUAGCAUUCGAAUGCGGUUGAAGCCUGGACAACUGGGAAGAGAGUUCUCACGGUAUGGAAGAUAAAGGAGACCCGAGCAGUGAGGAGACGCCUAAGGCUAUCAAACCCACAAGCAAAGAGUUCAGGAAAACAUGGGGCUUUCGAAGAACCACUAUUGCAAAGAGAGAGGGUGUGGGAGACGUGGAGGCAGACCCGUUGGAGCAGCAGUCCCCACGGCAGCACGGCCUCUCCUUGCGGCGCAGUGGGAGGCAGCCAAAGCGCACCGAGCGGGUAGAGGAAUUCCUUACAACAGUUCGGCGCAGAGGAAGAAAGAAUGUUCCUGUCUCCCUUGAGGAUUCCAGUGAGCCAACAUCUUGUCCAGUCACAGAUAUUGAAACUGCCUCGGAAGGGAGCGUAGAAAGCACCUCUGAGAUGAAAAGUGGCUCCCAGUCUGGUUCCACGAGUGUACAGGAAGGACCAGCCUCUUCUGGAAAGGCCACAGGAGGUGAGGACGAGGAGGACACCUCUGACAGUGACAGCGAUGGCCUGACUUUGAAGGAGCUUCAGAAUCGCCUUCGGAGAAAGCGAGAGCAGGAGCCACCUGAGAGGCCCGUGAAGGGCAUCCAGAGUCGCCUGAGGAAGAGGCGUCGGGAGGAGGAUCCCACAGACACUGUGGAUGUCGAAGCAGGCAGCACAGUCGAGAGUGUUCUGCCCAGUAAGCAAGAGCCCGACACGGACCAGGAGGCUGUGUCCCAGGCAGUGAACGAUGACCAAGAGAGUAAGCUGGAGGCGACAGCGGCCCAGGGAGUUAAAGAUGAAGAGCCUGGGGAUGCAGGCAAGCCCAAGCCUGAAUGUGAAGUGUACGACCCCAACGCCCUGUACUGCAUUUGUCGCCAGCCUCACAACAACAGGUUUAUGAUUUGCUGUGACCGAUGCGAAGAGUGGUUUCAUGGUGACUGUGUGGGCAUCUCUGAGGCUCGAGGGAGGCUUUUGGAAAGGAACGGGGAAGAUUAUAUCUGCCCAAACUGCACCAUUCUGCAAGUGCAGGAUGAGACUAAUUCAGAAACUACAGAUCAGCAGGAAACUAAAUGUAGACCUGGAGAUGCUGAUGGCACGGACUUUACAAGUAUAGGAACAGUGGAGCAAAAAUCCAGUGAAGACCAAGGGAUAAAGGGCAGAAUUGAGAAAGCUGCUAAUCCAAGCGGGAAGAAAAAACUCAAGAUUUUCCAGCCUGUAGUGGAGGCUCCAGGUGCCUCCAGGUGUACUGGCCCUGGGUGCUGCAAUGCAGCGCAGCCUGACUCGGUCUACUGCAGCAACGACUGCAUUCUUAAACAUGCUGCAGCUACUAUGAAAUUCCUAAGUUCAGGUAAAGAACCAAGACCAAAACCUAAAGAGAAGAUCAAGAUGAAGCCAGAAAAGCUCACCCUUCCAAAAUGUAGUGUUCAGGCAGGCAUUAAAAUCUCUCCUCUGCACAAGAGACCAGCUCCAGAAAAGAAAGAAGGCUUAGUGAAGAAGGCGGUGGUGGCUCUUUCUAGGAGUGAAGCCCUCGGGAAGGAGACAGCUUGUGAAAGCAGCACGCCAUCGUGGGCAAGCGACCACAACUACAAUGCAGUAAAGCCGGAAAAGACUGCUGCUCUGUCGUCGGCACUGUUGUGCAAAUCCAUGAAGGCAGACAGAAGAGUGGAAGAAAAGGCGGUGGCGGCCUCAGCCUCAAAGCAGACAGCCCCUCCAGGCUCCUCGGUGGGCAAACAACCAUCGCCUAGAAGUCUUGUUCCAAAGAAGUCUUCUUUUGCUAAUGUGGCAGGAGCCAAACCAGUUCUUAAAAAGUCACCUGGCUUCAAAGGCACCAUCCCCAAGAAGUCGUGGCUCUCGACCGCCCCAUCAGGUGGCACUUCUGCUGCCAGGCGGGCAGGACCCAUGCUGGUCUCUGUGACGGCUGCUUCCAAAAAGUUCCCUGGCUCAGCUGCUUUGGUUGGAGCCAUCAGGAAGCCGGGAGCAACUUCUCUUCCUGCGGCCCCUCCAGCCCCAGGACACCUCGGAACCGGGAGCCCUGCUCAGUCACAGCCAAAUUCACAGAUUCGGCAGAAUAUAAGACGCUCCUUAAAAGAGAUCUUGUGGAAAAGAGUCAAUGACAGCGAUGACCUAAUCAUGACAGAAAAUGAAGUAGGAAAAAUCGCCCUCCAUAUUGAGAAGGAAAUGUUUAACUUGUUUCAAGUUACAGACAAUCGCUACAAGAGUAAAUACCGCAGCAUCAUGUUCAACCUGAAGGACCCCAAAAACCAGGGACUCUUCCAUCGGGUUCUGCGUGAGGAAAUCUCUCUGGCAAAACUUGUGAGAAUGAAGCCAGAAGAACUCGUAUCUAAGGAACUUUCCACAUGGAGGGAGAAACCGACGAAAUCUGUGAUGGAGUCCAGAACUAAAUUGCAUAAUGAAAGCAAGAAGACUGCCAUUAAACAGGAAACCGUUCCCAACAUGGAGGAUUCUCCACCCGUGUCAGACUCAGAGGAACAGCAAGAAUCAGUACGAGUUGUCCCUGAAAAAAGCCCCGUGCCUCUUCUGGACGUCUUCAGCAGUAUGCUGAAAGACACAACGAGCCAGCACCGGGCGCAUCUUUUUGAUCUAAACUGUAAAAUCUGUACAGGUCAGAUUUCAUCAUCAGAAGAUGAGCCAGCUCCAAAAAAACAAAAAUUAUCAGCUUCUGCUAAGAAAGAAGACUUAAAGUCCAAGUAUGACAGCUCUCCAUCUGGUCUGGUUCCUAACUCAGCUGAUGAAGUGAUACCAGAAACUCUGACCGAAAAUGUUUCUGAGCCAGACGUAGAAAGUGCUUCUCAUCCAAACCCAGAGAGAAAGUAUUUCCCUGGGCCUCCAGGAGACAGCCACCCAGAGCCCUCCCCCCUGGAAGGCCUCCCUCCCUGCCCAGCCUCCUGUGGGGGGACGGUGGUCACCACUGUCACAGUGUCCGGCCGGGACCCCAGGACUGCUCUGAGUGGGUCGUGCACGGUUGCGGCCUCUGUAGUAGCCCACCCGGACAGCAUACACGCAGUAGAAAGCAAACAAGAUGUGGUGAAGCCUGCUUUGACUUCUGUGACAGUGCCCAAGUCCAUACUGGCUAAGCCGUCCUCAUCCCCUGACCCAAGAUACUUGUCAGUUCCACCAUCACCAAAUAUCAGUGUCCCAGAGUCACGUUCCCCUCCAGAAGGAGAUACAACCCCGUUUUUGUCUCGACUCAGCACCAUUUGGAAAGGAUUUAUUAACAUGCAAAGUGUAGCAAAAUUUGUCACUAAGGCAUAUCCUGUCUCUGGGUGUUUUGAUUAUCUCAGUGAGGACUUGCCUGACACAAUUCACAUUGGUGGGAGGAUCGCGCCGAAGACGGUUUGGGAUUACGUCGGCAAGCUCAAGUCUUCUGUGUCUAAGGAGCUCUGUCUGAUCCGCUUUCACCCUGCAACAGAGGAAGAAGAGGUUGCCUAUAUUUCUCUCUACUCCUAUUUUAGCAGUCGUGGCCGCUUUGGUGUUGUAGCUAAUAACAACAGGCACGUCAAGGACCUCUACCUGAUCCCACUGAGUGCCAAGGACCCUGUUCCAUCCAAACUCUUGCCCUUUGAGGGACCAGGUCUUGAGUCACCACGUCCAAAUAUAAUCCUUGGGUUGGUAAUCUGUCAGAAAAUAAAACGUCCUUCCAGUGCUGGAGAGGUAGACAAGAUAGAUGAGAAGCGGACCCGACUUCAACCAGAAGAAAUGGAUGUCUCAGUCUACCCCAAAGUAACCCCAGCCCCGCAGUCUGAAAAGAAGCCCUCCAAGUACCAGCUCUACUCUGCAGACACAGCUGUCAGUAGCACACCACCUGGGUCACCUCCGCCUCCACCCCCUCUUCCAGAACCACCGGUGUUAAAAAUUCUGUCGUCCCUCAAGCCAGGAGCCACCAACACUGUCACAGCAUCAACAGCACCAGCAGCCAUCACCACAGCAGCUCCCUCUGUCACGUCACCUGCUUCGAAAACAGCUUCGCCGCUGGAGCACAUCCUGCAGACUCUCUUUGGAAAGAAGAAAUCAUUUGACACCCCUGCCAAAGAGUCUGUGGGAGCUAUUCCCGCCUUCCACCGGGAUUCCAAAACCACGGCAGACGACGGGGUGUCGGCAGCUCCUUUGCUGGAUCCGAUAGUUCAGCAGUUUGGUCAGUUCUCAAAAGAUAAGGCUCUAGAGGAAGAGGAGGAUGAUCGACCCUAUGACCCUGAAGAGGAAUAUGACCCGGAGAGAGCCUUUGGCGGGCAGCUCACUGAGCGUGGGAGGAGCCACGAUGUGGAAGAGGCUCCUGAGUCAGCCGAGAGGGAGGAGGUGGCCUACGACCCUGAGGACGAGACGAUCUUAGAAGAAGCGAAAGUGACCAUUGAGGACCUGCCCAACAGGAUGUGUGCAGAUGUGAGAAGCAGUUCCGUGGAGAGGCCUGCUGACCAGGCUGCCGACGUCCCCGCUCCAUCUCUGGUGGAGCAGCAGAAAAUGUUAGAAGAACUGAACAAGCAGAUUGAGGAGCAGAAGAGGCAGCUGGAGGAGCAGGAGGAGGCUCUGAGGCUGCAGAGGGCAGCUGUCGGGGCCUCCAUGGCCCACUUCUCAGUGUCUGAUGCAUUGAUGUCACCUCCGCCCAAGGCGUCACUGACCAAGGCUGAACUGUUUCAUCAAGAGCAGCAGACCCUGGAAUCGUCAGCAGGUCAGGUGACCCAGGUGACAAACCAGAGCUCAGACUCAAGACAAAGCAGAGACCCACGGCAGGCGCGGCGGCUGGCCACCGAGAGCAGCGAGAGCGAGCCUCUCUCAAAGCCCCCAGCGAAUAGCAUGCAGGGCGCCCCACCAGCAAGAGAAGCUUCUGGAGGGGUCGCUGUGGGUCAGGUGCCUGUGCUGGCCCUGGAAGAAAAGCAGACGGCGUCUCCUCUCUGGGUUGCAGGUGAAAAGGUGCCCCUGGUGUCUGACCAGGAUGGCCAGAAGUGUGAACACCCAGGGAGUCCCACCCCGCAGCCCAUGGAGAGCACCCACCCUACUGCAGCUGCAGAUGGCCCGGCCAGACCAACCCGGAGAGUGCUGUUGCCCACGCCCCCCAGUACCUCCUUCCAGCCCAGCUGCCCUCUGCAGAAUGAUGGGCCGAGUUUUAAUUCUCCUGCAGGAAGGGACCCUUUCUCUAGUCCGGUGUUUACAUCUCAGGAAAAAUCUCUUGGUUCGUCCCAGUAUGAGGACCCAAGAAAUCCUCAGUCUGCUGCAAAGAGUGACCACCCAGCAGCUGAUACUGAGGGGGACAGAGAGCUACAGUCCAGACCUGGCGAGGGGACCACCCCGUUCUCCCUACCCGGACAAAAAGGAGGGGCCCCUCAGCCCCAGUUUCAGGGCCAGCGUGAACCCACACCUCGCACUUUCGGGAUGUCAGGACUUUAUGGCCCCAAUUUCCCAGGACCAAGGGGGCCAGUCCCUCCAUUUUCAGAAGAGAAUAUUGUUUCUAAUAAUGAUGGGCCAAGAGGGCCCCCACCAGCCAGAUUCGGGGCCCAGAAGGGGCCCAUCCCUUCCUUAUUCUCAGGGCAGCAUGGGCCACCUCCUUAUGGGGACAGCAGGGGCCCAUCACCCUCUUACCUUGGCGGGCCUAGAGGAGUGGCACCACCCCAAUUCGAAGAACGCAAGGAUCCCCAUGGGGAGAAAAGGGAAUUUCAGGACACCCUGUAUCAUGAGGCGACUGGCCCCUCUGCCCAGUUUGAAGGACCAGAACAAGCCCAGUUUAUGAGUAACAGAGGUGCAGCACCUUUCCAGUUUGGAGGCCAAAGAAGACCUCUGCUGUCUCAGCUCAAAGGGCCCCGAGGAGGUCCCCCUCCUCAGUUUGGAGGCCAGAGAGGGCCACCCCCUGGCCAUUUUGUGGGCCCAAGAGGGCCUCAUCCCAAUCAGUUUGAAAAUGCCCGGGGCCCUCAUCCCAAUCAGUUUGAAAAUGCCCGGGGCCCUCAUCCCAAUCAAUUUGAAAAUGGCCGGGGCCCUCAUCCCAAUCAGUUUGAAGGAUCCAGAGGCCAAGCACCAAAUUUCAUGCCAGGUCCCAGGGGGAUGCAGCCUCAGCAGUUUGAAGAGCAAAGGGUAAAUUCACCACCAAGAUUUGUGAAUCAAAGAGCACCUGCACCUCUGCAGUUUAGUGGACCAAGGGGGUCUGCACCGUUUCCUGAAAAAAAUGAACAAACACCUCGAUUUCACUUUCAAGGCCAGACCCCACAAGUGAUGAAGCCUGCACCCAGGCCCCUGCUUGAUCUCCCCAGCCAUCCCCUGCAGCACAGGAAGGACAGGUGGGACGAGGCAGGCCCAUCCUCUGCCCUGACCUCUAGCGCACCUGGACAGGGCCCCGAGGCCGACGGGCAGUGGGCAUCGUCCGAGUGCCGAGAGGGCAAAGGCCAUGAAUACAGAAACCAGACUUUUGAAGGGAGGCCAAGGGAGCGGUUUGAAGCUGGACCCAAAGAAAAACCGCUGGAAGAGCCUGAUGCCCAGGAAAGUCGGCAGGGGCGGGCCUUUGAGGACAGGAGGCGAGAACGGGAUCGCAGCAGGAACUGGAGCAGAGAGAGGGACUGGGAGAGGGGCCGGGAGUGGGAGAGGCACCGAGAGAAGGACUCCAGCCGAGAGUGGGACAGAAGCAGGGAGAGGAACAUGAACAGGGACAGAGAGCGGGAGGCAGACCGGGCCAAGGAGUGGGACCGCAGCCGGGAGAGGAGCAGAAACAGGGACCGCGACCGGGACAGGAGACGGGACCGAGACAGGUCUAGAAGCAGAGACCGGGACCGCGAGAAGGCCAGAGACAAGGACCGAGAGCCGCGGGAGCGAGUCCGGGACCGCAAGGAGCGGAGCAGGAGCAAGGAGAGGGCCCGGGACAAGCCUGAAGCCAUGCGGGCCUCUGAUUCAGGCACUGCCGCCACCCAGAACUAGGCUCCUGCCAGCCGUGCCUGGCAGCCAGUGAUGACAGUACAUUCGUAUGUGUGGUCUCCACCUGACAAAAGCUCACAAAACAUGUUGGACAAAUAGUUUUUGAAAUAGCUAUGAACUUAGAUACAGGAUAGAACAUUCUGGACUUCAGAAAUUGCUGUAAUUUUGUGUAUAAUGGUUUCUUACAAAAUUUCACAUCUUUACAAUUCUGAUUUUUAAAAAUAUAUAUAUAAGAAUUCAGUAUUUCCAUUUAAAAUUACAGAAAUGGGAAGUGUCUACAGAAGCAUAUUGCUUUUUCAGACUAUAAAGUUAUCUUUUCCAAUAACUUGACUGUUGUAAAUUUUAAGGGAAUUUCAUUGGACCUUAGAGCCGUCUCUUCACUGACAUCUCAUCUGUAUUUCUAUGUCUCCAGAAGCUGAGAAGCUGUUUUUACAGGUCUUUAGCAGCUCUCCCAGAGGGGUGGCGAGGUGCCGCUGGGGCUGGGGUUAUAGUGGGUGAGCCAAACGCAUCUGUGCCCUGCUCGGCUGUGGGAGAACAGUGUUAGCAGCUCAUAUCUGGAGUGCUGAGAAACACAAAACUUACCAAUGCAUCUUUCUUUUGUCAUAAGGAAAUUUGAAUUACAAAUUUCAACCAGGAAAAAAACCCACAUUUUUUAGUUUUGCUCAGUUUUUAUGUAUCACCUUAUAAAUUUUCUUCAAAAACAUUAAAAGCUACAUCUGUCCUAAUAGAAACUAUUGCAUUUUAAUAACAACUUAUUGAAAAAUGUUUAGAUAUUACCAGCUUAAAGAAAGUGAGAAAAUAAACCAAUUAAGUGUACUUUAAAAGGGGGAUGUCUUAGAUUUGAAUCAUCAGAAGCAUUUUGUUUUGUCAAUUUUACCCCCUGAGCAGCUCUUCCUAUAUCCCAGGACAAGGGCACUCAGCUCCAAACUGUUGUAUUUGUCAAGCGAUAAAUUUAAAAGUUUGUAAUUGAAAAUGGAACAAUAUCUGUAUAAAGUCUGAAAUGGAAAGUAGUGACUAUUAGUUCAAGACCUGCAAGCUAAAUAGAAAGCUUCCUGCUGUGAGGUAUGGUGUGCUGCCGCGCGUCCUGUGCUUUUCAGUACUCCUGAAGUAUGGAAUAGAGAAACCCGGCUAAUUUAUUUGUACAAAUACACAUUGAUAAUUUUUUAUAUUUUCAUAAACUUUUGCAGAUGUAAAAUUAGACAAUUUCAUUUGUUCUUUUGGAGUCUACUGUUCCAUUAUACAUCACUACAGAUUUUUCACUUUAUAGCACAAAUUUUUAAGUUAAGGAAACAUGGAGAACUUACUGAUUUGGGACUUUUGGUGUCAUAAGCCAAGGGUUAGUAGGUUACAUUACAUUAGAGUAGGUGUCAAGUUCCAACAUCUAAUAUGAUCUGAAGGUUUUCUUUUUACAUAUAAAGCAAAUUUUUCUAAUUUAAGUACGUAGAUGUAAAAACCAAGUGUGUUUCUUUAGGUUUACUUGAUAGAAAUUUCUGUAAAUUGUAUUUUAUAUUGCAGAGUAUCACAUCACUGUGCAUUAAAACAUGGGACUUCACAGGUUCUGUUACUUGAAGUAGAAUAAACAUCUACAGAGCUUUUGUCUCA